UGCGGACGCGCCCUCGGCUCGCCGCCGCCGGUGCCUUUAAGAACCUCGGCGCGCGGCCCUGAUUGAUGCGCCCGCGCACAGCAGCAGCCCCGCCGCCAACUCCACCACCCGCAGCUUCUGCAGAGCGCGGGCCGCGCACCGACCUCGUCCGCCCAGCGCGGCCUCCCGGCCUCGGCCCCGGCGCGGACCCCGGCCCCGCAGCCUCCUCCUGCCCAGCGAAGCCCUACCCCCGGCCUCCCCAUGUCGGCCGCCCCCGCCUACAGCGAAGACAAGGGCGGCUCCGCCGGCCCCGGGGAGCCCGAAUACGGCCACGACCCGGCGAGCGGCGGCAUCUUCUCCUCCGACUACAAGCGGCACGAUGACCUGAAGGAGAUGCUGGACACUAACAAGGACUCCCUCAAGCUGGAGGCCAUGAAGCGGAUCGUGGCGAUGAUCGCCCGCGGGAAGAACGCCUCGGACCUGUUCCCCGCCGUGGUGAAGAACGUGGCCUGCAAGAACAUAGAGGUGAAGAAGCUGGUGUACGUGUACCUGGUGCGCUACGCCGAGGAGCAGCAAGACCUGGCCCUGCUGUCCAUCUCCACCUUCCAGCGUGGCCUGAAGGACCCCAACCAGCUGAUUCGCGCCAGCGCCCUUCGCGUUCUCUCGAGCAUCCGCGUGCCCAUCAUCGUGCCCAUCAUGAUGCUCGCCAUCAAAGAGGCUGCCUCGGACAUGUCCCCCUACGUGCGGAAAACAGCCGCCCACGCCAUCCCCAAACUCUACAGUCUGGACUCGGACCAGAAGGACCAGCUGAUAGAGGUCAUCGAGAAGCUGCUGGCCGACAAGACCACGCUGGUGGCCGGCAGCGUGGUGAUGGCCUUCGAGGAGGUGUGCCCCGAGCGCAUCGACCUGAUCCACAAGAACUACCGCAAGCUGUGCAACCUGCUCAUCGACGUGGAGGAGUGGGGCCAGGUGGUCAUCAUCAGCAUGCUCACCCGCUACGCGCGCACGCAGUUCCUGAGCCCCACCCAGAACGAAUCCCUGCUGGAGGAGAGCCCCGAGAAGGCCUUCUACGGCUCGGAGGAGGACGAGGCCAAGGGCCCGGGGUCGGAGGAGGCGGCCGCCGCGGCGCUCCCGGCCCGGAAGCCCUACGUCAUGGACCCCGACCACCGGCUGCUGCUGCGCAACACCAAGCCGCUGCUGCAGAGCCGCAGCGCCGCCGUGGUCAUGGCGGUGGCACAGCUCUACUUCCACCUGGCGCCCAAGGCCGAGGUGGGCGUCAUCGCCAAGGCGCUGGUGCGCCUGCUGCGCAGCCACAGUGAGGUGCAGUACGUGGUGCUCCAGAACGUGGCCACCAUGUCCAUCAAGCGCCGGGGCAUGUUUGAGCCAUACCUGAAGAGCUUCUACAUAAGGUCCACCGACCCAACCCAGAUCAAAAUCCUGAAGCUGGAAGUGCUCACCAACCUGGCCAAUGAGACCAACAUCCCUACUGUCCUGCGCGAGUUCCAGACCUACAUUCGCAGCAUGGACAAGGACUUCGUGGCAGCCACGAUCCAGGCCAUUGGGCGCUGUGCCACGAACAUAGGCCGAGUCCGCGACACCUGCCUCAGCGGCCUGGUGCAGCUCCUGUCCAACCGUGAUGAGCUUGUGGUUGCAGAGUCGGUGGUUGUCAUUAAGAAGUUGCUGCAGAUGCAGCCAGCACAGCACGGGGAGAUCAUCAAACACUUGGCAAAGCUCACAGACAACAUCCAGGUGCCCAUGGCCCGAGCCAGCAUCCUGUGGCUCAUCGGCGAGUACUGUGAACAUGUCCCCAGGAUCGCGCCGGACGUCCUGAGAAAGAUGGCCAAGUCGUUCACGGCGGAGGAGGACAUCGUCAAGCUGCAGGUCAUCAACCUGGCGGCCAAGCUGUACCUGACCAACUCCAAGCAGACCAAGCUGCUGACCCAGUACGUGCUGAGCCUGGCCAAGUACGACCAGAACUAUGAUAUCCGGGACCGGGCGCGCUUCACCCGGCAGCUCAUCGUCCCCUCGGAGCAGGGUGGGACCCUCAGCCGCCAUGCCAAGAAGCUCUUCCUGGCACCUAAGCCAGCCCCGGUCUUGGAGUCAUCUUUCAAAGACCGGGACCACUUCCAGCUGGGCUCACUGUCCCACCUGCUCAAUGCCAAGGCCACAGGCUACCAGGAGCUCCCAGACUGGCCGGAGGAAGCCCCAGACCCAUCUGUGCGCAACGUGGAGGUGCCCGAGUGGACCAAGUGCUCGAAUCGGGAGAAGAGGAAGGAGAAGGAGAAGCCUUUCUACUCCGACUCUGAGGGGGAGUCGGGCCCCACAGAGUCUGCAGACAGUGAGCCAGCGUCUGAGAGUGAAUCGGAUAGUAAGAGCAGCAGCGAGAGUGGCUCCGGGGAGUCCAGCAGUGAGUCUGAUAAUGAAGACCAGGAGGAAGAUGAGGAGAAAGGCGGAGGCAGUGAGAGUGAACAGAGUGAGGAGGAAGGUGAGAAGAGGAAGAUGAAGAAGAGAAAGAAGGCGCCGGCGGGCCGGGGGGAGGGCUCGUCCUCAGACGAGGACAGCGAGUCCAGCAGCAGCUCCUCGGAGUCCGAGGAGACGUCGGAGUCCGAAGAGGAGCAGGCAGAGCCCGCCUCCUGGAAGCGGAAGACGCCUCCCAGUAGCAAAAGUUCCCCGGCAGCCAAGGAGGUCUCCCUGCUGGACUUGGAAGACUUCACCCCUCCCAGUGUCCAGCCCGUGUCGCCCCCCACCGUUGUGUCUGCCAGUCUCGCUGCUGACCUGGAGGGCCUGACGCUCACAGACACCUCCCUGGUGCCCUCGCUGCUGAGCCCCGUGUCUGGAGUCAGGAGGCAGGAGCUGCUGCACCGGGUAGCUGGCGAGGGGCUGGCUGUGGACUAUGCCUUCAGCCGCCAGCCUUUCUCUGGUGACCCCCACAUGGUAUCCGUGCACAUCUACUUCUCCAACAGCUCAGACACCCCCAUCAAGGGCCUGCAUGUGGGCACCCCUAAGCUGCCCGCCGGCCUCAGCAUCCAAGAAUUCCCUGAAAUCGAGUCUCUGGCACCUGGAGAAACCGCCACUGCAGUGAUGGGCAUCAAUUUCUGCGACUCAACCCAGGCAGCCAACUUCCAGCUGUGCACCCAAACCCGGCAGUUCUACGUCUCCAUUCAGCCUCCUGUUGGGGAGCUGAUGGCCCCCGUGUUCAUGAGUGAGAAUGAGUUCAAGAAGGAACAGGGAAAGCUGACGGGCAUGAACGAGAUCUCAGAGAAGCUCGUGCUGCCGGAUGCCUGUCGGAGCGACCACGUCGUGGUGCAAAAAGUGACGGCCACUGCCAACCUGGGUCGAGUCCCUUGUGGGGCAGCUGAGGAGUACAGGUUUGCAGGAAAGACCCUGACCAGCGGGAGCCUGGUGCUGCUCACCCUGGACGCCCGGCCGGCCGGAGCUGCCCAGCUGACCGUCCACAGCGAGAAGAUGGUGAUUGGCACCAUGCUGGUGAAGGACGUGGUGCAGGCCCUGAGCCGGUGACUCCCAAAUGCCAGCACCUCGGCUCACCUCCCCUGCCCGUGACAAGCAGGCUGUCUCUGUUUCUCUCCCUCUCAGCCUCCACACCAGCUAGCAUCCAAGGGUCCCCUCCCCCCUCCCAUGGGUUUCCUGGUGACCCCCAGCUCCCUGUAGCUGUGUAUGUAGCAGAGUCUUAAUAAAGUAUGUUCUCGCACA